AUGGAGCUGGUGAUUCUGGAGCAGUUUCUGACCGUCCUGCCCCAGGAGAUACAGAGCUGCAUCAGGGAAGACGAGCCGGAGACCUGUGCCCAGGCGGUGGCCCUGGUGGAGGGUUUGCUGCUCAAACAGCGAGGGCCCAGAGGACGGAGGCCACGCCAGGGGCCAAGUUUCUUUGAAGAUGGAGCAGUCGGUCCCUCCAAGGCACGACGCGUUUCAGUCGAUGUGGGACAGAAGCCAGCCAAGCUGGAGGGUGGCAGAGAAGUGAGCCCACUAGGCCACUGCAGGGCUGCUGGUGCUUCUGUGGAAAAGAGAGCUAGUCAUGGGGCAGGGAACAGAUUGUGCAGCCCACUAAGAACCCAACAAGGAGAUGGGAGCCUGCAAAGUACCGACAGCGGGAAAAAGGCCCGUCGGACCCCCACCUUUGUCUCAUGCCAGAAGGGCCACUUGGCACAGAGUCCCCACCAGUGCACUGAUUAUGGGAAGCGCUUCACUCAGAGUUCAAGCCUCACCAUCCACCGGAGAAUCUACACAGGAGAGAAGCCCUACCCCUGUCCCCAGUGUGGGAAAUGCUUCUGGCAGAGCUCAAACCUUCUGAAACACCAGAGAAUUCACUCAGAAGAGAGGUCCCAUCGAUGCCAGGAGUGUGGGAAGUGCUUUGCCCAGCGCUCACACCUCCUCAUCCACCAAAGGACCCACACGGGGGAGAUGCCCUAUGUGUGCUCCAAGUGCAGAGAAAGUUUCAGCCAGCAUCGGGGCCUCAUCGCUCACAAGAGAGUCCACACUGGAGAGGCAACUGGAGGCUAUGGCUGCCCCAGCUGUGGGAAGCAGUUCCAGCAGAAUUCAGAUCUCAAUAAACAUUUGCGAAUUCACACAGGAGAGAAGCCCUACAGCUGCUCCGAAUGUGGGAGACGUUUCCGCUACAGCUCCGAUCUCAGUAAACACCAGAGAACUCACAAGGGAGAGAAAUCAUACCUCUGCAAAUGA